CCUUGCGCCCGCCAGCCCUCUGUCAUUGCCCGUCGGGCCGCCUCCCUGAGCCUCCGUGACCUCCCUGCCACCCUCGCCUCGCUCCCUUCGGCGCGGCGGGCGCUUCCGGGCGCUCCUGCAGCCCGCCCUCCACGUAGCCCACGCCUCCCUCUCGGUGCUCCGCUUCCCACGCGGUCCCCGUCCUGUUCUUUCCUCCUCCACCCUGCCCUUCUGUCCCUGUCCCUUCCUUUCUCCCCGCGACUCGUCCCUAUUAGGCGACAGCCCCUGUCGUCCUGCCGGCCAUGGCUGUCAAAGCCCACACUCUAAGCUAGGCCCCUUCUCCCUCCCUUCCCUGGGUCUUGUCUCCUGACCCCCUGCCCCGCCCGAGAGCGAGCGCGAUGUGGAGCGGUGCCUCUGGCCAGCAGAACUUCAUCCAAGCCAUGUGACAAUCGAAGGCUGCACCCCCAGACUCUAGCAUCUCGGAGCCCGGUAGGCCAGGGAUUGUUUCUGGUCGUGGGGUGACCGAGCUCUUCUACCACCAUGAACAGGGCCCCUCUGAAGCGGUCCAGGAUCCUGCGCAUGGCGCUCACUGGAGGCUCCGCUGCCUCUGAGGAGGCGGAUGAAGACAGCAGGAACAAGCCGUUUCUGCUGCGGGCGCUGCAGAUCACGCUGGUGGUCUCGCUCUACUGGGUCACCUCCAUCUCCAUGGUAUUCCUCAACAAGUACCUGCUGGGCAGCCCCUCCCUGCAGCUGAACACCCCUAUCUUCGUCACUUUCUACCAGUGCCUGGUGACCUCGCUGCUGUGCAAGGGUCUCAGCACGCUGGCCACCUGCUGCCCUGGCACCGUUGACUUCCCCACCCUAAGCCUGGACCUCAAGGUGGCCCGCAGUGUGCUGCCCCUGUCGGUGGUCUUCAUCGGCAUGAUUAGCUUCAAUAACCUCUGCCUCAAGUACGUGGGGGUGGCCUUCUACAACGUGGGGCGCUCGCUCACCACCGUGUUCAAUGUGCUUCUGUCCUACCUGCUGCUCAAACAGACCACUUCCUUCUAUGCCCUGCUCACGUGCGGCAUCAUCAUUGGUGGUUUCUGGCUGGGUAUAGACCAAGAGGGAGCUGAGGGCACCCUGUCCCUGAUAGGCACCAUCUUCGGGGUGCUGGCCAGCCUCUGCGUCUCCCUCAAUGCCAUCUAUACCAAGAAGGUGCUCCCGGCGGUAGACAACAGCAUCUGGAUCCUAACCUUCUAUAACAAUGUCAAUGCCUGUGUGCUCUUCCUGCCCCUGAUGGUUCUGCUGGGUGAGCUCCAAGCCCUCCUUGACUUUGCUCAUCUGGACAGUGCCCACUUCUGGCUCAUGAUGACGCUGAGCGGCCUCUUUGGCUUUGCCAUUGGCUAUGUGACAGGACUGCAGAUCAAAUUCACCAGUCCCCUGACCCACAAUGUGUCAGGCACAGCCAAGGCCUGUGCACAGACAGUGCUGGCCGUGCUCUACUAUGAAGAGACCAAGAGCUUCCUGUGGUGGACAAGCAACCUGAUGGUGCUGGGUGGCUCCUCCGCCUACACCUGGGUCAGGGGCUGGGAGAUGCAGAAGACCCAGGAGGACCCCAGCUCCAAAGAGGGUGAGAAGAGUGCUAUUGGGGUGUGAGCUUCUUCAGGGACCGGGGGCUGAGCCCAGGUGGGGCCGACACAGCUAGCCAGUGUGGCCCUGAGCAAUACUGUUUACAUCCUCCUUGGAAUAUGAUUUAAGAGGAGCCAGGGUCUUUCCUGGUAGUGUCAGAAAGCUGCCAAAUCUGUCUGCCCCAUCUUGUUUUGGGAAAACCCUACCGGGAAUGGCACCCCAACCUGCCUCCCCCUGGGGCCUCUCUACCUCCGUAUUGCCUCUGGGGUUGGGACCAGCUGCAGCCUUAAGGGGCUGGAUUGAUGAAGUGAUGUCUUGUCUUCUACACAAGGGAGAUGGAUUGAAGGGAGUUGGGUGGCCCCACACCUCUGGGACCCAGGGCAGGCAGAGUAGUAGCUCAGGUGCUAUUAACAUCAGGAAUACCCCCAGCCUGCGGGAGCUUGGCCAAGGGAGGAAAUGGCCAUUCUGCGCUCUUCUAUGUGGAUGGGCAUGGCAGACCUAUUCAUGGCAGCUGCACCCAGGGGUGGUUGAUGAGAAAACAUUCACCUCUGCACUUCAUAUUUGCAGCUUUAGAACAGGGGAGAGCCACACAUCUUUUACAAAUUAAGUAGGGUGAUGAGCUCCUCCACAGUCCCUAACCCCAGCUUUACCUGCCUGGCUUCCCUUGGCCCAGCUAUCUAGCUGUACUGCCUGUCUGUACUCUUCUCUGUCAUGGCCUCCCCCAACACCUCCAUCUGUAGGCAGGAAGUAGGGUCCACUCGUAACCUCUGUUCCCAUGGACAGAGCCCUUUGGAUACCUGAACCCGUCAUGACAGUAAGAGACAUUUAUGUUCUCUGGGGCUAGGGCUGAAGGAGCCCAUCUGGCUCCUGUCACAAAAAAAGCCUAGACCAAGUUACUAAGAACAGAAGUUGGUUUAUAACUGUUCUGGGGGCAGCAAAGCCCAGAUGAAGGCACCGAUAGCCCCAGUGUUCAGAGGAAACCCCUUCUGUUCACAUCCUCACAUGGGCAGAAGUACAAGCUUCCUCGGGCCUCAUAUAGGAACACUAGCCCCAUUCAUGAGGGUCUCACCCCAUGACCUGCUCAACCCCAAAGCCUUCAGCAUAAAGACUCCAACAUAAAUUUGGGGACAGAAGCACUUAGACCAUAACCUACAAACCCAGCACCACACCCUCCUAACCUCAGGGCAGCUGUCAUUCUCCUAGUCCCUUCUCUUGGGCCUUUUGUACCCCCAUUUCCUUGGGGAAAUGUUUGACCUUUUUGUCCCUAUCAUAAAGAGGGGAGACUGUGUCCAGCCUUUGAUUCCUACUUCCCACAAUCCCCAGUUCUAAUAAAGUUUGUGGGGCUUGGU